ACCCACGCACGCACGCUCGGACGCAUGCCCCAUGUAUGUUAGGGGCUCCCCAGGAAUGAGCCUUGCCAGCUGGCCCAGAGCCCCGGGACGGGGCGGGGCGGGGACCUGGGACAACCUGUCUCUCCCGAGAGAGAAGCUGCUUCCUCCGCGGUGUACGGCGAAGCCGCCCUCUGACGUGUCCUUCCGCCCCCGGCCCGGCCUGGGAAGGAGAGGCGAGUUUAGGAGUGAGAGCGGAAGGUGGCUCGAGAGCGUAGGGAGGGCGGCGGGACGGGACUCCGGGACCGGCGACAUGUCGCUGUGGGGGCACACACUGCAGGCCCCGCCGCCUUCCCUGGCGCCCACCGUCCCUGGGUCCCCUUCCCUUGGCGCUGUCAACAUUAACCGGCUGCGGGAGCCUGCGCUGCGGGGUCUCAGCGACGCCCUGGACCGAGCCGCAGACGGCAGGGGCUGGAAGAAGCUGGCGGAGUUGGCGGGGACCCGCGGGCGCUACAGGCUCAGUUGUCUGGACUUGGAACAGUGUUCUCUUAAAGUACUGGAGCCAGAAGGAAGCCCUAGUCGAUGUUUACUGAAACUCCUGGGUGAAAAAGGUUGCACAGUCACAGAAUUAAGUGAGUUCCUUCAGGCCAUGGAGCAUACUGAUGUUCUCCAACUGCUUGGCCCUCCAGGAAUAAAGAUUAUUGUAAACCCAGUUUCAAAGGCUGUAUUAGCAGGCCAAUAUGUCAAGCUUUGUUGCCGAGCAACAGGACAUCCUUUUGUGCAGUAUCAAUGGUUCAAAAUGAAAAAAGAGAUUCCACAUGGAAAUUCACCAGAGCUUAUUUUUAAUCCAGUUCUUGUAAAGGAUUCUGGCUUUUAUGUUUGCCGAGUGAAUAAUAAUUCUACAUUUGAAUUCAGCCAGUGGGUACAGCUAGAUGUCUGUGAAGUCUCUGAAAGUUCUUGUAGAAGUUUGGAUGGCUUCUCUGAAACCAAACUACAAAUCUGUAUUGAACCCAAAUCCCAAAAGCUGAGACCAGGCAACUCAUUAGUUCUACAGUGUGUGGCUAUUGGAAGCCCUAUUCCUCAUUACCAGUGGUUCAGAAAUGGAUUUCCAAUAACCCAUGGGACAAAAAAGUCAUACAUGGUGCCUUAUGUUGAUUUGGAGCAUCAGGGAACCUAUUGGUGUCAUGUGUAUAAUGACCAAGACAAUCAAGAUAGCAAGAAAGUAGAAGUUUUCAUAGGAAGAACAGAUGAGGCAGUGGAAUGCACUGAAGAUGAAUUAAAUAAUCUUGGGCAUCCUGACAUUAAAGACGAAUCAACUGACCGGCCUUUUGCAAAAGAUAAAGUGGCCCUUUUGAUUGGGAAUAUGAAUUACUGGAAUCACCCUAAACUUAAAGCUCCAUUGGUAGAUGUCUAUGAAUUGACCAAUUUAUUAAGACAACUUGAUUUCAAGGUGGUUUCAUUAUUGGAUCUUACUGAGUAUGAGAUGCGUAAUGCUGUGGAUGAAUUUUUAUUACUUCUGGACCAAGGAGUAUAUGGCUUAUUAUAUUAUGCGGGACAUGGCUAUGAAAACUAUGGGAACAGUUUUAUGGUUCCUGUCGAUGCUCCAAAUCCAUAUAGAUCUGCAAAUUGUCUGUGUGUGCAAAGUAUACUUAAAUUGAUGCAAGAAAAAGAGACUGGACUCAAUGUGUUCUUGUUGGAUAUGUGUCGGAAAAGAAAUGACUAUGAUGAUACUAUUCCAAUUUUGGAUGCCCUGAGAGUCACUGCUAAUAUCGUUUUUGGAUAUGCAACGUGCCAAGGAGCAGAAGCUUUUGAAAUCCAACAUUCUGGAUUAGCAAAUGGAAUCUUCAUGAAGUUCUUAAAAGAUCGGUUGUUAGAAGACAAGAAAAUUACUGUCCUACUAGAUGAAGUUGCAGAAGAUAUGGGAAAAUGUCACCUAACCAAAGGAAAGCAGGCUCUAGAGAUUCGAAGCAGUUUAUCUGAAAAGAGGGCACUUACUGAUCCCAUACAACAAACAUUAUGUUCUCCAGAAUCAUUGGUGCGAAAUUUACAAUGGGCCAAGGCACAUGAACUCCCAGAAAGUAUGUGUCUUGACUUUAAAUCUGGUGUUCAGAUUCAGCUAGGAUUUGCAGCUGAGUUUUCCAAUGUCAUGAUAAUCUACACAAGAAUAGUAUACAAACCACCAGAAAUAAUGAUGUGUGAAGCCUAUGUUACAGAUUUUCCAUUUGAUCUCGAUAUUGAUCCAAAAGAUGCAAAUAAAGGAACCCCUGAAGAGACUGGCAGCUAUUUAGUGUCCAAGGAUCUUCCCAAGCAUUGCCUCUAUACCCGACUCAGUUCAUUGCAGAAGUUAAAGGAACACCUAAUCUUUACAGUAUGUUUAUCCUAUGAAUAUCCAGGAAUGGAAGAUACCAUAGAAGAAAGACAGGAAGUGAAUGUUGGCAAGCCUCUCAUUGCUAAAUUAGACAUCCAUCGAGGAUUAAGAAGGAAGAGUUGCUUUCAGUCUUGUUUCAUGCCAAAUAGUCAUUGCCAGAACCCUACCCCCACCUCCGUGGCAGCCGAACAUUAUCAUUCCUCUCCAGACUCAUUCCAAAUUGUUUACCAUUCAGACCCUGAUCACUCAGGGAAUUGUCACUGCAACCAGAGUUCAGAUACACUUAUUUCAAGUCAUGGUGCCCAGAAUUAUUGCUCUCCAUUCAUUAGGAGUAAUAUCCCUGAAGAAACAACGGAUGAACUGCCAUUCGCUUUUUCAGACCAGCUCACAUUUUCUGAAAAAUAAUCAUAUUAAUUCAUUGAAAGUAGCCUAACUCCUAGGUUCCCGAUACUCAGUAUUACUUGGGCAUGCACCAGGUAUUUGGGGAUUUUAAAGAAAAGGUGCUAAAAGGAGAAACUUAAGUCUUCAGGCAAACUCAGGAUCGUAAAUAUUGUACAGUUAAUUGCAGAUGUCUUCUUCCAUGACUUUAAGGUUUUUAAAUAAGUUGGUUUGUACUAUGUAUAUACAUGAAUAUAAUGUAUAGAGAGAAAAAUAAAAAUGCAUUAAAUUAUGACCAUUCCAAAGUAGAAAUAAUGGGCAUAAAAAUUUUACAUGGAUGCAAGUGUCCUGUUUUUUUUUAUAUUCUGCUCUCAUUCAGAGAUAUAUUUAUCUGUGAUCUAUUUUUCAACAUGUAUUUAUAGAAAUACUUAUUUUGAUUAUUCUGUGACUUCAAGACUUUGUCAAAAUUGCUAAUGAAGAAUUUUAUAUAUACAUCUUUUCUAGAACAGACUAAAAUUUCCAUCCUUUAGGUAGUCUUAUUUGGUUUGGUUUGUUUUUGUUUUUUUAAGUCAGAGAAUACCAAAAUGUCACAGAUAGGGAACAAUAUGGAUUGGGUCAUCAUAGUAGCAAUCUAUAUAAAUAAUCUAACCAUUUAAAAUGUCUGCCCAACAAAUAUGCUUUCUUAAUUAAUCCAUCUAGCCUUUUGAGGCAGCAUUCUGACAGAUUUUUAUUCCAUGGACAUGUUUUUGAGACUAAUCAGUGAACAAGCUUUUAUUAAGCACCUACCCAGUAUCAGAUGAAAUAGGAAGGUCUUUUUAUGCUUUUUUAAGAGAAUCCUUUCAUCCCUUGCCUUGGAAGCAAUCCUUUCUAAGAUUGAAAAGUGGUAAGGACUGGGCAGUCAGGGUUAAAUGGCUUACCCCAGGUCACACAGCUAGGAUGUGUCUGAGAUCAGAUUUGAACCCUCCACCUCUUGUCUCCAGACCCAGAUCUCUAGCCACUGAGCCACCCAGCUGUCUCUGAUAGGUUCAUUUCUUCUAAUAAGGUAAUAAUGUUCUUAGAAACUGUUGGUUCUAGUUCUAACACUGGAGAAUAUACCAGUGUAAGGUUGGACCUCCAUUCAUUGUCCCACUCACUUCAAAUAGCUUUGUUAGGUAAGAGUGGGGAGAAUCUGUGGAGCCUCACCCCUACAUCAGUAAAAUGGAAGCGUCUUUAUUAGUUCUUUUUGGUUCUUUCCUAAUUGCUACUUUUCAUUUCUUUAUCUUUCAGUACAAGGCAACCUUGGGGCUUGCUAGAAAUACAGCCUUCUGAGGAAACUAAUAUAAAAAUCACCUGGCCAGUGCAUAAAUUGUACCUAGAUAGUUAAGAAUUGACUUUGGUUAUUAAAAGUUGGGGGUGGGAAAUGGGAAACAACAGAAGUUUAAUUUCAGUAAGAAGACCUGAAGUUGAUCUAAAUCAUGGGACCAAACAUAUUCUCAGAUUCCCAAAAUAGUUCUUUCCUGGACAAUUUUAUCACAUUAAAAACAAACAUUUUGGUGCUGUAUAAAACAAAAUUAAAGUUAUUUUUACCUUCGUGUGAAAGUUCAUCAUGACAUGAUUGUUAUUAUUUGGUAAAUGAUAGCCUUAUUACUUUACCAAAUUCUCAUUAUGUUUGUAUUUUUCAACCUGUGUCUAUAAUUAUAAAUGUUGUCAGGCUAAAAUAAUGGGUUCUUUAUUGCUGCUCAGAGCAUAUUAUAUGGCUUAAUUAUUUCUAAUUUUUUGAUGAAUUUUAAUAAAGAAAAAUAUAUCUAUGA